AUGAACGAUUGCCUGUCGUUGAACGCGGCAGCUGGUCGCGUCGCUCACUUGGCACGCGAAAAAGAGGAAAAACGGAUCCAAGAACGUCGACGCCAUCUCGUUUAUCUUAUCGCUGCCUUUUUACGCGAGCAAGGUUAUUCCAAUAGCGCGGAAAGCCUUUUCAAGGAGGCUCAACUCUCCCGAGACAUACACGUGUGCGACAAUAUCGAUCUGGAAACUAUCAUUCUUGAGUACAUCGAUUACCAUUACGCCAAGUACAACAGAUAUCCCAAGUUGUGCAGGAAGGCGGAGCCAGGUAGCGUCGGAAACGUAGCUCAAAAUACCAACAAGAGAGAUAGAGUUGACGGUAGCAACAAUAUUGGCAAAACUAAAGCCACGCAGAGACAUGCCGCUUCAACGCUUCCGCGGAACGAGUUAAAUCUCGAUAUCAUGGUGACGCCGAUCUUUCCCGCGGAAGAGCGCGCACAAGUGCCAAUGUUUGACGACACUUGUACCAAUGAAACUUUCAAUUACGACGUACUGAAACCUAUCGGUAAUCUCUAUCCACCCGGCUCUGAACUCAAGGAAAUCGCAGAUAUUAUGUCACGGGAAAUAGUGCAACAAAACUUGAAUGUUCAUUGGGACGACGUAAAAGGACUCAAGGAUUGCAAGAUGUUGUUGAAAGAAGCUAUAUUUUAUCCGAUGAAAUAUCCAAGCUUGUUUAAUGGGAAACUCGGUUUUUGCAAAGGCGUAUUAUUAUACGGUCCACCGGGAACUGGUAAGACGAUGCUCGCGAAAGCAGUCGCUACCGAAUGCCAAUCGACCUUCUUUAACAUCACUUCCAGCUCGGUUAUCAGCAAAUGGAGAGGCGAUUCGGAGAAAUAUAUUCGUGUGCUCACAGAUCUUGCUAAGCAUUAUGCACCGACGAUAAUCUUUAUCGAUGAGAUUGAUUGGACGACCACAAAAAACGUAGACGAUGCCUCAUCGAGUUCGGAACCUGCUAGAAGAUUUCGAGCGGAAUUUCUCGCCAGAUUGGACGGUUUAUUAUCAAUGGAAUACACAAAUGUAGUAUUGUUAGCAGCUACAAACGUGCCAUGGAAUAUAGACGUUGCCUUGUUACGACGUUUAGAAAAGCGGAUUUUUGUGGAUCUACCCGACGAAGCUAGUCGAUUAGAAAUAUUGCAAUCUUACGUGCACAAUGAUCUGUACAACUCGCCAGAGAUGUUGCAAGUUGCGCGAGAAACUGCGGGAUAUUCUUGCGCAGAUUUGAAAUUGCUCUGCAAGGAAGCAUGGAUCAAUCAAUUGCGACCUAUUUGGGCGAGUCUUGAGGCUAAAAGAACCUCUGUGAAAGAUAUUCAAACCGAUGGUUUCAUCAGUGCAAUUGAACACAUUGCCCUUGCUAAGUCCAGGAUAAAACCGAUUGCCAAGCAUAUGAGCGUGCAAUAUAUAGAAUGGCAUAAAGAAUUUGGUUUUUCAAAAUAAUUAACUAUCAUUAAUAUAGAACGCACGCACAAUUAUAUAUUCAUUAAGUAUAUUCAAACAUUAUAGAUUAGCUUUUUUUCUGCAAAAUAAUGAUAUUUGAAAUA